AGUCAUGAAAUAAUUAAAAAAAAAAGAAUUAGAAGUCCAUAAAACUUUUGGCGGUUACUUGAUCAUUGAUGGCAACAUUAAAAAAAUAAAAAUGUCACCACGUCUCAAAAUAUCAAAAUAUGUGAUUGAGAGGUUGUUAAAGACUGAAACAUAUGAGACUACAGGAUGUUUGUACGGUCUCAUGUACGAUGGAACUUUGCUUGUCAUUGGGUUCAGUUUAGAAUAUUUUGAAAAUGAGAAGAAAACAUACAGUCAACUACUUCUGAAUCUCCCUGCUGAGGUUGAGCUUUGUGGUGUAGUUAAAUUUUGUGAUACAACAACUUUAGAUUCCAAACCUAAAGAAAUUCUUCAAGAUGUUGAUAUAACAGAUAAUCCAUUGUUUUUAAUAAUUGAUAAGGAUAAGGCAAUAAAAGCUCAUUUUUUGAUUCAUGAGAAGUUUGAGGAAACAAGUUACGAUGUAUUUGAAAAUGAAGAUAUCUGGAAGCAAUUUUUACAUAUCCGAUUAAAUACAAUACUUCCAUUGUCAUGUGAAGCUACUCUAUUUGGUGUCAAAAAUGUACUUCAAAGUAAAAGGAAAAAGAUAGCUUCAGGACAGGUAUCAUUUCAAAUAAAUGACAGUACCGUAUAUCUGUUUGGUAUUGCAUCUGGUGUAGGAGUAACUGGCACAAGUACUGAGGCAAAUAUAGGGGAUCUUGUGGAUUCAUUGAACCCAGAGCAAAUGUCGAAAAAGAAGAAAUACAACAUAAAUAAUGUUGAACCAGUAUCUGUUAACUUAGUUAUGAAAGCAACAAAGGAUAUGUUAUCAGAUAAGCUUGUGAAGACUGCUGUUAAAAUGAUGACGACACAAAGGAAACCUGCAUUUUGUAUAAGUAUGCCGCUAAGAGUAGAUACAAUAGCAAUGGUUCAUCGAAACACAAAAUUAUCAGAGUUAUACAGUAUACUUGUUGAAGCAACAUGCAGAUCACUCAAGUUACUUGAAAGCGUUCUUAUAGAGCAGUUGGGGCAAGAGGGCAUUGGUGAUGGGGCAGGUUUGAGACUUCCGGAGACGUUCCACUUUUUAUCACCAGAAAUUGGCCAUUUCAUCACUCGGGUAGUUCCUAAAGGAAUACCUGAUGAGAGCAUGGAAAAAGAAAGAAUAGCGCUACACGAACAGUUGGAUUUACCACUUACUCGACCAAUGUUUAGGCGAGGGAACGCAUAUAUAUUCAAUAGCCCUAAACUAAUCAACCCACACGAAGGAAUCGCACCGCAGAAUCGAGGAAAAAUUGCUACCGUUCGCGGGAAGUAUCUGUAUUGCCAUUAUAUGCAGGAUAAUUUCAAUGAUGAUGGAUGGGGCUGCGCUUAUCGUUCUAUGCAGACCAUAUUCUCUUGGUUUAAGUAUCAGGGAUACAAUACUCUAGAUGUGCCAACUCACAAAGAAAUCCAGCAGUGCCUUGUCAAAAUAGGGGAUAAGCCAUCCUCCUUCGUGGGUUCUAAGCAAUGGAUUGGGUCCACCGAGGUCAUGUUUUGUCUGGACACACUCAUUGGAGUACAAUCGAGAAUUCUUUUUGCAAAUACCGGGUCUGAACUGCUGACUUACACCCCGGAGUUGAUGCAUCAUUUCCAGCAACAUGGCAGUCCAAUUAUGAUAGGUGGAGGUGUCUUAGCCCAUACGAUUAUAGGUGUAGAAUAUAAUGAAGAGAAAAACGAGACUCGCUAUUUGAUCUUAGACCCGCAUUACACAGGCGCUGAUGACCUCCAAACCGUCUUAAGCAAAGGCUGGUGCGGGUGGAAGACAUCAGAUUUUUGGAACAAAACCGCACAUUAUAACCUAUGUCUCCCACAGACUAAACCUUGUGUAUAAGUGUCGCCAUAAACGAUAAUGUUGCCAUUAAAUGACAAUGUUGCUAUUAAAUGGCAAUGUUGCUAUUACAUGGAAAUGUUGCUAUUACAUGGAAAUGUUGCUAUUAAAUGGCAAUGUUGCUAUUAAAUGGAAAUGUUGCUAUUAAAUGACAAUGUUGCUAUUAAAUGACAAUGUUGGUAUUAAAUGGCAAUGUUGCUAUUAAAUGACAAUGUUGCUAUUAAAUGGAAAUGUUGCUAUUAAAUGGCAAUGUUGCUAUUAAAUGACAAUGUUGCUAUUAAAUCGCAAUAUUUCCAUUAAAUGACAAUGUUGCUAUUAAAUGGCAAUGUUGCAAUAGUAUCAAUAUUAAUGUUGAAAUCGCCUGCAUUUUUAACACCUUUCAAGGAAAAUAAACCAGCAAAUAUAACAGAAUUAUUUAUUUGCCAAUGUUAAUUAACCGAAAUUAUAUAUUGCGUUUAAUUAUAAUUUAAUCUUGUAUUUAAAUUGAUUAUUAAUUAUUUUACAAAUACAUUUCCAAGGCAUUUAAAUUUCAUGUGAUAUUUUUUUUGGAGUAGCUAUAUUUGCAUGUAUCAUCAUCGG